UUGUGCGGAUCAGUGGUCAGAAUGAAAUUUUUACUGACUGUUCUUGUUUGUGUAAUCGUAUCACUAGAGGGUACUCUCUGCCAUCAACCAACUCCAGCUGAAAUGAUAGAAGGCAUACUGAGCACUCUAUCCGGUGCGCUAAAUUUAGCUAAGAAUCUUCCGAAGACCAUCGAUGCGCUGCGCAAGAACCCGCUCACCACCGAUUCCGAUCUGGUUCGCGAAAUGGCCAAUGUUAUUCUCAGUUCGCUGAACGCUACCUCCGUUGCGAUAGGCAAUCUCGCGAUCAAUGAAGAUGUUAAACAGGACUCCAGGAAGACUGACGCGAUAUCAGAUAUCCAAGCUGCAGUCUCAUCGUUGGCCAUACCGGUGGUUCAGCUGCAGCAUACUUUACAGGACAUUAACUUCAAGGGUAUGCGAUUGGAGCUCAGCGUACGGCUGGAGUUGCUGGAGAAGACUCUGCGGGAAAAUGUGGUCAAAGUUCAAGCGGAAGUGACGAAGGCCGAUCGUGUGGCGUUUAGGUAAGAUGAUCUAG